ACUGACGUCAUUUUCAUGCGCAAUGAAACUAGGGGCGUUGAACAUCCGCCAUAUUUGUUUUCGCUUCGGAAAAAUUCACUCCAAGAAGUAUUGUGUUGUGUAGAAAAUCAAGCCCAUCUGUUGUUGUUUUGUACUUACGAGCCUAGAAUAUUAAAUAGAGACACGACAGAGUGUGAUUUUGUCUUUAUUUUCGCCCCAGGUUUCUGAAAACCGGGGCAAGAAAUAGUUUGUUUACACCGAUUCAAAAGCGGAAGCGAACAUUUUCCAUCAAAAUGGGUACUAAAGAUGACGAGUACGACUAUUUGUUCAAAGUGGUGUUGAUUGGCGACUCCGGCGUAGGGAAGAGCAACUUGCUGUCCCGGUUUACCCGCAAUGAGUUCAACUUGGAGAGCAAGAGCACUAUAGGUGUAGAGUUUGCCACUAGGAGCAUACAAGUGAACAACAAGACUAUCAAAGCUCAGAUCUGGGAUACUGCCGGACAGGAAAGAUACCGCGCCAUCACCAGCGCCUACUACCGCGGUGCAGUGGGUGCCCUGCUGGUCUACGACAUCGCCAAGCACCUGACGUACGAGAACGUAGAGCGCUGGCUGCGCGAGCUGCGGGACCACGCCGACCAGAACAUCGUCAUCAUGCUGGUGGGCAACAAGAGCGACUUGAGGCACCUGCGUGCCGUGCCCACUGACGAGGCCAAGAACUUCUCGGAGAGGAACAACUUAUCAUUCAUAGAAACGUCAGCGUUAGAUUCCACCAAUGUUGAGGCUGCCUUUCAUAAUAUUCUAACAGAGAUCUACAAGAUAGUGUCACAGAAACAGAUCCGCGACUCCCCGGACGACGACAACUCCCCCAGCUCCAACGUGCAGACCAUCACUGUGGCCCCGACCGUCAACUCGGCACAGGCCAAGAAACCCUGCUGUUCUUAAUGAUGAGGUCCUCCUCCUCCUCGUCUUGCCUGCCUGCAACCCCCCACCCCCCCUCCUCUUCCUCCUCUUCCUCCUCUUCUUUGUCUUCAUCUCUGUCUUGUUCUGCUUCUUCGUCUUUCGUCUUCUCCUCUCUCAUCUCUUCAUCUUUUUCUCAGUCUACCACUUCCUCUUCUCUCUCAGCUUUGUCUUGUUCGUUUUCUUCUUUUCUUUUUUUUCCUCUUCUGCUUCUGCUUCUCCCUCCCUCUCUCUAUCCCUCUCGUUCGCUGAUACCUUCAGUGGUAUGGGAGGAGAGAGAGGAAGAACUUUCCCACUUUCCCUUGAACCAA